AUGCCCCGCUCAGAAGAAGCAGAGUGGUGGGCAAAUGCGGUCUACGAGGCUAUCCAAGAGGUCCCCCGGGGCAAAGUCACAAGCUAUGGUCACAUCGCACGUCUACUUGGCGAACCCCAGCGCCCUCGUCAAGUCGGAGUUUGCCUAAAGGUUCUCCCAGCGGCAGAGUCCGGCCAACACUUCAACUCAAGCAAUGUACCCUGGCAGCGGGUAAUCAACUCAAAAGGAAUGAUCUCGCAUCGUGGACCCGGCAGUGCAGCCCGCCAAGCCGAAGCCCUCGCAGAAGAAGGUGUGGAAGUGACUACUGACAGCAUGGGGGAGAUGUACGUUGAUUUCUCGCGAUAUGGAUGGUUUCCAGACCACCUCCCCAGCGAGACGAGCCAGCAAUCAUGA